AUGAAGAAGACAAAGACGAAGACGAAGGAGAUGAAGAAGGACGUCGCGUUCAAUUUUCCGCUCUCCUUCUCCUCCUUUUCCUCCUCCUCGAACAACAACACGAACAACAAACGCUCGUUCGUGGUCACCGGAUACGGUUUGGACCGACCGGGAAUUUACGGACAAUUCUCCCGCGCGAUGCUGAACAUCCGCGCGGACGUGGAGAGCAGUCGAUUGGCGAGACUCGGUCCGGAUUUUACAAUCACCGCAUUGGUGUCCUUCUUUGUAAACAGAACGCGGAAACAACCGAGGAAACGAACGAACGUGAAAACGCACGCGGAUCACCAUAAAAUCAGAAGCAGUGUUUUAGAAGAAGAGGAGGAAGAAGAGGAAGGAGAGGCGACGACAUCCGCGGGAACCGAGUGCGAGACGAAGAAGCGGUUACAAGACGCCUUGGAUACGAGAAUCGAUAAUUUUACCUUCGACGUUCGCGAGGUACCUCCGGAAACGAGGCAGAACGAGGAGCAAUCGAGAGCGCGAGGGUACAAGAAGUUAAUCAUCCGAGCGACGAAUUUUCCGGGCAUAACCGCGCGAAUCACGGAGACUUUAUCCAACUGCGGUUUAAACAUCGAAACGUUGAGGAUGGACACGAAAUCGUCGCCUUUUAGUAAUAAUAAUAAUAAUAAUAAUAAUAACAGCAACAAUACUAAUCUAGGUGCAGGCGUAGGCGGCGACGAGAUGUACUUUUGCGAGACGACGGUGAGACUCAUCGAAGGCUCGUUCGAGGAGGAGAAGUUUACGAGAGAGAUGGAAAAGUUGGAGGACGAAUUAUCCUGCGACGUCGACGUGGAAGAUGUGAGCGAUAUGCAGUAG